AUGUGUAUUUCAAACGUAAAACACGUGUGCGAGAACCGACUAUUUCUACUGCACCGGUUCAUCCGAGUGUCAUUGGGUUUAAUUCAUCAACAUCAAAAAUUGAGCAGAUACGAAAGAAUGGAUUCGGUAAUGAAAUUCAACAUCUACAAUGAUGAUCGUGAGAGGAUUUUCCGGAUCGUGCAAUAUGUCUCGCAUUUAUUGUGGGCCGUCCAGGAUAAAAUGGCCAAUAAUCCCGAAACAGUAUUGCGAUUGAAACAAAUCGAAACAAUGAUGGCUUUAUCAAGACAAGCUUUACGAUUCGGCAAAUUCAGCGAAGCAUUCAAUCUGUCCAUUCAUUCGAUGCGUUUGCAGAACAACAUGAUGUGUACAACACUGUCUUUGUCGCGAAUAUCGUACGGCCUUUAUCUGCUGUGUGACAACAUUGAUUGGCUGUCCAGAAUCGGAGCUAUUCGUUGCAAUGAAGAGCGAUUCGUUCAACUUGCUCAAUCAUAUCUGCUCUAUUCAUCGGCACUGGCUGCUGUCAAGAAUGUUUACCAAUUGAAAUUGAUACACAAUAAUCGUGAACGAUAUGGCCAACAGCAACAAGACCUAAUGAAUUUGAUUAUGAUGAACAAAGUAUUAUCGUUGCAAGUGGCCAAAAAUCUCUGUGAUAUCUGUUUAUGUUUACAUUCAUUACGAAAGAUACAACUCUCUCCAAUCAACGUGGGCCUGUUGGGCCUAAUUUCAUCGUUGAUAUUCCUGUUUAAACGACAUUGAUGAGCAUUGAUUAUUGGUAAUUCAAUAUUGGCAACCUUUAAUCCUUUCGUCAUGUUUACUAAUUGCUAAUUAUCCGUUGGUUCAUCCAUUCAAUUCAAUUUUGCUAUUCUUUACUAUCUGGUUGCAUCCAAUCGAAUCGAAUCGGUGAAUAAAUGACCAAUUUGGACCGUUUUCCAUGAUAAUAAGCAUGUACGGUAAAUAAUAUGCUCGCUAAUACUUUCCCACAGCAGUGACAAAUUGAAUUCGUUUCGUUUCGAAUUGUGAUUUGUAAGCUGAUCCCAUUCAUUCACUCAUUCAUUGAUUCAAUUGUGAACACUAUGGCUAUAAUGGAAAUGCAAUUCUCUCUCUCUGCCUCACUAUCCAAUUGUUAUUUUUACGGUUAACUAAACAUACACACAAUGCAAUCUCAAUCUAAUGCACUCGUCACACAUACUUGGUCCAAUCGUCAUCGAUGAUCCUAAUAAUUGGCCAAAAUGUAAAUCUAGUGAUUGAAACAUAUGACUGAUUUGGUUCUAUUUGGCUCUCUUUAUCCCUGUAAAAAAAUUACAAGCGAUCAAUCCACUCAA